UGUGAAAUGGAGAAGUAUCUGACACCUCAGCUUCCUCCAGUUCCUAUAAUUCCAGAGCAUAAAAAGUAUAGACGAGACAGUGCCUCAGUCGUAGACCAGUUCUUCACUGACAGUGAAGGGUUACCUUACAGUAUCAACAUGAACGUCUUCCUCCCUGACAUCACUCACCUGAGAACUGGCCUCUACAAAUCACAGAGACCAUGCGUAACACACAUCAAGACAGAACCUGUUACCAUUUUCAGCCACCAGAGUGAGACGACUGCCCCUCCUCCGGCCCCGACCCAGGCCCUCCCUGAGUUCACCAGUAUAUUCAGCUCCCACCAGACCGCAGCUCCAGAGGUGAACAAUAUUUUCAUCAAGCAAGAACUUCCUACACCAGAUCUUCAUCUUUCUGUCCCUCCCCAGCAGGGCCACCUGUAUCAGCUACUGAAUACACCGGAUCUAGAUAUGCCCAGUUCUACAAACCAGACAGCAGUAAUGGACACUCUCAAUGUUUCGAUGUCAGCUGCCAUGGCAGGCCUUAACACACACACCUCUGCUGUUCCGCAGACUGCAAUGAAACAAUUCCAGGCCAUGCCCCCUUGCACAUACACAAUGCCAAGUCAGUUUCUUCCACAGCAGGCCACUUACUUUCCCCCGUCACCACCAAGCUCUGAACCUGGAAGUCCCGAUAGACAAGCAGAGAUGCUCCAGAAUUUAACCCCACCUCCAUCCUAUGCUGCUACAAUUGCUUCUAAACUGGCAAUUCACAAUCCAAAUUUACCUGCUACCCUGCCAGUUAAUUCGCAAAACAUCCAACCUGUCAGAUACAAUAGAAGGAGUAACCCUGAUUUGGAGAAACGACGCAUCCACUACUGCGAUUAUCCUGGUUGCACAAAAGUUUAUACAAAGUCUUCUCAUUUAAAGGCUCACCUGAGGACUCAUACUGGUGAAAAGCCGUACAAGUGCACCUGGGAAGGCUGCGACUGGAGGUUUGCACGCUCGGACGAGCUGACCCGCCACUACCGGAAGCACACGGGCGCCAAGCCGUUCCAGUGCGGGGUGUGCAACCGCAGCUUCUCGCGCUCCGACCACCUGGCCCUGCACAUGAAGAGGCACCAGAACUGAGCUGCCGCCCGUGCACCUGACUCCGGCGCUCCGCACGCCAUCGGGCAGCCUUUUAAACCACAAACUUAACUCUUCAUAUAAAAAAAGAAAAAGAAAACAAAAAACUGGAAAUGUAUAUUUUGUAUAUUUAAGAAAACAGGGAAUACAUUGUAUUAAUACCAAAGUGUUUGGUCGUUUUCAGAAUCUGGAAUGCUUGCUGUAAUGUAUACGGCUUUACUCAAGCAGAUUUCAUCUCAUGACAGGCAGCCACAUCUCAGCGUGGGUCAGGGAUGGGGUGGAGGGUGCGUGUGCGGGGUUUUUACCUAGGCACCAUCAUUUAAUGUGACAGUGUUUAGUAAACAGAUCGGUUGGCAGGCACUGGAAGAAGGGUGGAUUGUAUGUCAAGAUUUUACUUGACUUGGAGGUAGUUUCUUUCAAUAUUAGAUAAUUCCUUGGAGGAGGUAUCACAGUGUACCUGACAAUUCACAAAUAGCCAUUGAACAAAUGUGUGGUUUUUGUUUUUUUUUAUAUGAGUUGCCUAUAUUUGCUAUUGAAAAUUUUGUAAAUAUGCAAAUCAGCUUUAUAGGUUUAUUACAAGUUUUUUAGGAUUCUUUUGGGAAAAAAUGAUGAUUCUUUUGAAAAUAACCAUGAAUACAUUUACAGUUAGAAUUUGUGGUAAGAUACCUCUCAAUGUUAACCAAAUUCAUUUAUUUAGGGGGGAGGAAUAAUCAUACAAAUGAACUUUAAAAGCAAAUUUCGUGCACUGAUUAAAAUAGGAUUGUUUAUUUUAAAUACAAAAGACAUUUUAUAUGAAUUGUAAACUGAAGAGCUUAAAGAUAGUUACAAUAUACAAAAGUUAAACCUCUUACAAUAAGCUAAAGACAGUAUCAUUUUUUAAAAGAAGGACUUAUGUUGUUUUCACACAGCAAUGUUGAAUUUAUGAUGCAGUUUUCAUGUACGGAAACGUUGAAUUUAUGAUGCAGUUUUCAUAUAUCGAGAUGUUUGCUUGUGCAGUACUGUUGGUUUAAUGACAAUUUAUGUGGAUUUUGCAUGUAAUAUACAGUGAGACACAGUAAUUUUAUCUAAAUUACAGUGCAGUUUAGUUAAUCUAUUGUUAAUAAUGACUCAGUGUCUGCCUUUAAAUAUAAAUGAUAUGUUGAAAACUUAAAGAAGCAAGUGCUACAUAUAUGCAAUAUAAAAUAGUAAUGUGAUGCUGAUGCUGUUAACCAAAGGGCAGAAUAAAUAAGCAAAAUGCCAAAAGGGGUCUUAAUUGAAAUG